AUAGAGGGCUUGUAGGUAAGUGGACUUGCUCGUUGGGAAGACGCCGCCAAGCGUGAUAUUAUACCGCUGAAGGGCCAGACACCACAGAAUAACUGGAGGAAAUCUAAUCGUCCACGCGGCAAUCGGUAACCAAUAACCAAAUCGAGCUUCGUUUAUAGUCUUUGCCAUUUUUUGUGUGUGUGUGUGUGUAUAUAUAUAACCCCGAAGGUGAGUAGAGCCAUGUUUACAGUAUCGAGAAGGGAUUAGAACUUUAAAAGCCCAUGGCUAUCGAGGCAUGGUUUAUGGAUGAGAGCAAUGAAGACCAAAGGCUCCCUCACCACCGCCACCCGAAAGAGUUCGUCUCCUUGGACCACCUCGCUGAGCUAGGAGUGUUAUACUGGCAUUUGAAUCCAGACAACUACGAAAACGAUGAGGAAUUGCGCAAGAUCAGAGAAGCCAGGGGAUACAAUUACAUGGACUUGCUUGAUUUAUGUCCAGAGAAAGUUGCUAAUUACGAAGAGAAGUUGAAGAACUUUUAUACAGAGCACAUACAUGCAGAUGAAGAAAUACGCUACUGCUUGGAAGGAAGUGGAUAUUUUGAUGUUCGAGACAAGAACGAUCGUUGGAUUCGGAUAGGGUUGAAACCGGGUGAUCUUAUUGUUCUGCCUGCUGGGAUCUACCACAGGUUUACUCUUGACACUAGCAACUAUGUUAAGCUGAUGAGGUUGUUUGUGGGAGAACCAGUCUGGACUGCUUAUAACCGGCCGCAAGAAAAUCAUCCAGCGAGGAAGCAGUACGUCAAGGGUGUAGCAGAGAAGUUCUCAGUGGCAGUUGAAGCUCACUAAGGCUAUAAGAAUCUUGUCAGUUUGUUAAUUAUGUAUUUGGACAUACUGAUAUGUAUUAUUACUCAGACAGAACUUAAAUUUCUUACACGGCAGAAACUUUUUACCAAUUUACAACAGAACAAUAUCAGUGAAGGUCUAGUAAGCAUUCGCCUAGAAUCUAAUAUUCGUGCCAGAGGAUCUUCUAAUACCUGAAAUCUAAGAGUUAAUUGGACGUGAAUAAAACACUUAUUCAGGAA